AUGCCUUCCGGAGCCCUUUGGGCUCUCCUUCUUUUUCUACCUUGUUCUGUCCAGGCCCUGUUUGGAUCAAGUAACGAGACCGAUUUCUGGGCAGAGUUUGGCAACAACUUUGCGACUGACCUUGCGCCCAUCAUUUCUCUCUUUGGAGAGCAGGUCACUAAACAGUUCUUGAGCGAAUCAACCACCAUUCUCGAUACCGUCAUCUUCGCCGUCGGCCCUCUUGGAAUCAUCACCGCCAUUGUAUCCUGCAUCCGAGUCUCUGGUAGCUCGUUCCUCAAGUCUGUUGUUGGGCGAGCACGUGAACCGCGCGCAGUGCCAGAGGUUGAACUGUGUUCUUCCACCAGCGAAAGCGUGUGUGAGCUAUGGUCAAAUGGUGGCAUCUGCCGAGUGUUUGGCCGCCCAAGGAUCCUCGAAUUCAUCUUUCUCGACGGCGUGAGGGAGUUCGCCCCCUUUCCGAAUCUGGCUCUGAACGUUGGAGUGCAAAAAGCACAGACAUCGAUCCUGACACUCUGGCUCGCCGCUGUGUUUGGAUUGUCGAUACAGGGCAGCUUUUUCUGGUAUACGAACUGGGCUACGUGGAAACACCCGAAGUUCUAUGAGGGAGAAAAGCUCCCGAAUGUUCGCCUUUUCUUCGCCCUUACUAUUGCUGGGACUGCCUCAAUUAACCUUGGAAUGGCACUCUGCGCGAAGCUCAUCGACCGCAACUCAAAAGAGCAGCGAAUUGCUCUUUCACGCGUCAAAGGAACCGAAAAGGCUCGGUUGCCUGAGUAUCGCAUGUUCUGGCUUCAACCUGGUGGUCAGCGUAUCGGCGACCAAGAGUUUGAUGCCUUCGCAUGCAACGAGGUCAAGACAGAGUACAUUGCAUCAUGGAAUGAUAGGGAAGCCCCAGUGCCAAUACUUUUUGUCUGGCUUGGAGUAGGCCUUUCUUUCGUGGGCUGGAUGGUUCAGUUCAUUGGACUACGUGGACAACAUGCUACCGUCUCCCUCUACCAACUCUGCUGUACGAUAGUCAUGUCCACCAUACGGGCUUCCAUUCGCAGCUCCCGAUCUACUCCCCGAAAUGAGCUGGAAUAUCAUUCAGAGGAGCUUCGAGGCCAUGAGCUGGACUGGCAAGCCUUUCAACUCACUGAAUGUUUCCUCCAGGAGAGCCAUGGUCCUGAGCCAGACCAGACAACUGAAAGGUCUUCCUCGGAUCAGGCUAAUCAACGCGUGUCAUUUGAUCCCCGGAUUGGGGAUACUCUCAAAGGCCGAUUUUACUGGAUCCUUCAAAGUUUCGUGCCGAGAAACAUCGCGGCUACUGAAAUAUCGGGACGUGAUGCAACAAUGAAGGUUGGGGACAACGUCGCAGUCGCACUAACUCGGUACAGCCGAAUAAGAGAAGAAGCACUCAUGGGGUGGAUUGAAUCAGACAGUUCGGGAUUUUUCUCCCUGGCGUGGGAUGAUGGUACCGACCUCGAGAAACUACUACGCAAAACCGAGGAGCGCAAACCCAACUCAAGUCCACCAAACAUGGAGAUUGAUACUCGAAAGAUUGCUCUGCGUCUGAAGAACGCGUUGCAAAAGUCAAGUCAGCUCCUAUAUCCGGCACAAGAAGAGUACGUGAGAUCACUCAUCUGGUCAACGGGUUGCCAUUUGACGGUGGAUAAGUAUUACCAAGAUCCAGACAUGCCCAUCUGCUUUUGCCUGAGGAACACAGAUACUGGUUGGACCAUCGAUGGCAACCAGCUCGAGGCUGUCCUGGGGCUGUGGUUAUGGAGCUUCGAUAGGUACAUUCAUUCUUGGGGUCAGAUCCUCGCUGAAUGGAUUCGGAGGCGACGAAGAAAAAGCAUAGUCAUUCCUAGAGAGGAUACGGGGGCUAUCGGCUUUGUCCUUGAACAAUGGCGCCUAUCAAAGUACGUCGUCAACAGCGACGCAAUAUCACACGAUCUUACCCUUACCAACCUCUCCGUUUCUAACAUGGUCCUAUUCGACGACGGGAACAAAGCUGAACGAAAACGAUUUCGAUAUGAGCUUGAUCUUGGAAGAGUCCUCUCAAUUGAUGCGACGAGUUCGUUGCUUCAGUUGAUGGCGCAGGAUCUAUUCACCACUUUUGUUGAGACAAUUGGCACACUUCGCCUCGGCCACCUUGAAAACGUCACUGUCUCAAGAAACAGCGGGUCAGACACUACGGAAACCGCCAUGGUCGAAGGUAUGAUUCAAUCGCUCAUCUCAGAGGGCCUGGCCACUCCCAACGAGGCCACCAUGAGCGUCGUCCCGGCCUUGUGCCCACGAUCGGGGGACCCAGGCAGUGCCCAGACGCAGCAUCUUCUUCUCUCUCACGCCAUCUUGCUCAAAAGAAGGCAAAAGUUCAGUGAGAGUCAAGAAGUUGUCAAAACUCUCGCCAAGCUCUCGUCGCCGAAAAUCAAAGCAAGGGCUGAUGCAUUCUUGUAUGAGGCUUAUCGAUCAGAGCUGCGCUGGAUGGUGCACCAACGCCAAACCUUGACCAAUCGAGAGUUUCUCGAGAGAAGAAAGAAAAUGUUUAUGGAUAUGCGUGUAUUCGAAGUGGCUGAUGACGUUCGAUGGCUUUCGCAUGUCUACAUGAACGCAAUCGACUGGUUGCUCUGGUCCAAUAGCAUCACCCCGGCCUUUCUUAAUGACUACCACAGUUCCAAAGAGGGUUCAGCUCUGAAAUCUCUACUGCCUCUUUUUGGACCCCUAGUACCAUUGGACAAGCAAACCCUGGAUGAUCUGAACCUGGAUGGCACUGAGUCUCGGAAGGAUGCCCUUGAACUGGCCUUGAUUUUCGACCAGCGAUACAGCCUCGGCGAGUCCAGCGUCCAGGUCCGAAGGCAACUACUCCGAUGGGCCAUUGAAUCGGACUUCACCGGAUUGGUUGAAGAUCUCUGGUUUGCAGAACGAAAUAACCCUUGGGUAGAGAGCGCCUUCAGCGGCGGAAGUGAUGAGCUGUUUUGGGCAGCCAGCCUGCGCACGGAUUCUCAUGACAUGAUCAACACCAUCCAGUUCCUACUCGAAGUGGUAGAAAUGGACCAGCAUGCAUCACUGAAAGGCAGAGAAGAUAUGGACCAGAGCUGGUGGGAGACCAGUCGAAAGAGGGACUUGGUGAAGGCCAAGUAUGAGCAGGUCUCCAAUGUGUUGGCUGCAGCAUCUGCCAAUCACCAUGGACGGGAUGUGGUAGAACUGCUUGCUUACGACCUGGAUCAGCGGAAAGAAGUGGACACCAGACACGUGUGUGAGGCGGUCAGGUCGGCUUUAGAAUACGGGUGUUUAGAAACACUCGACUGCCUGAUGACCAAGGUUGCUGAGUGGCAACGCCUUUCCUGGAACCCUCAAUCCGGGUUACUGCAUAUCAUCGCAGAGUGGGGCCUUAAACAACAGGCCGAGACCAUCUUCCAGAGGUUUGCGCUUCUCAAGGAGGCCCAAUGGCAACAGGAGAGAGCAAAGGAGGUUUUCGGAGCUGAUAAAAACAGAUUGGUUGUGCUUCGUGAGGAGGGCUAA